CGCCAGAGGACCCAGACCCGCACUGCGCAGGCGUGAGGGGGCGGUAACUGGCAGUGCGCCUGCGCCUCGCGGAGCCGGCGGGCCAAGGAAGAUGGCGGAGCAGGUUCCCAAGUCGGUGCUGUUUGUGUGUUUGGGUAACAUCUGCCGAUCACCCAUCGCUGAAGCAGUUUUCAGAAAGCUUGUCACUGAUCAGAACGUUUCAGAUAAUUGGAGCAUCGACAGCGGUGCUGUAUCUGACUGGAACGUGGGCCGGUCCCCAGACCCGAGAGCUGUGAGCUGCCUAAGAAAUCAUGGCAUUAGCACAGCCCAUAAGGCAAGACAGAUUACCAAAGAAGACUUUGCCUCAUUUGACUACAUACUAUGUAUGGAUGAAAGCAAUCUGAGAGAUCUGAAUAGAAAAGGUAAUCAAGUUAAAAACUGCAAAGCUAAAAUUGAACUGCUGGGAAGCUAUGACCCACAGAAGCAGCUAAUCAUCGAGGAUCCCUAUUAUGGCAAUGACUCCGACUUUGAGACUGUCUACCAGCAAUGUGUGCGCUGCUGCCGAGCCUUCCUGGAGAAGGCCAGCUGACCCUCCCACUGCCGCUCCCCACGUUAGUCUUCCUUCCGUCUCUCACCUAGCAGAUGUCUAGGGAACUGUGUGAUGUGUGCAGAAAGUAAUAAAUACUGGUUUCAGAUA